GGGACGGGACAUAGGCUACGUAUCUAAACCUAUGCGCUGCUCUCGGCUGCUCCGGAGUUGUGGAGUCGACGUUAUAUCACAAAACCCAGGGUCUAAGGGAAAGUCGAACACCUACUUUUUUAUAUUUUUGGCACAACUUGGAUAACUUUGCCGAAUGUUGUUUUGCUUUUGGGGCUCAUGAACUUCACUCAGUUGAAGACUAGGAUAUAGCCUACGACUCGCAUCUUGAGGGGUAAAGUUCCUUUGGAGUUUUUUCUUUAUUCUCCUUUUCGACAGAUUUUGUGUAUUCGGGAAUAAAAUACUUAAUUUUAAAAAUUUCAGACAGAAUUUUGACAAAUGGAAAUGGAGAAUAAAAACUGUUUUGAGGAUUAACUCAAUUUUGCGGAUUUGAGGAGGCCGUUCCACUCCGUCGAGCUCGCAGAAUUUCCUCAGCGCAGACACAAUUUCGGCAUGUAGCAAAGGAAAUACGCUCCCAGUGAUCUUCCUCCAGUCCACCUCUCCUCUUUCUCCUCUUCCGGACGUCUCAGGGAAUGGGCCAGCGCCUUCCCAGAGAGCACUGCUUCACCCUGGGGUGUGGCUGUCACGCGAGGGUGGGAAGAGCAGCAUCAACGUCCUAAAGCCCCACCCCCUCAUUCUCUCGUGACCUUUCACCUCUCACCGUACUGUGACCUCUGAGCCAUGCCGUUUAGGCUGAUGCUGCGUCGGACACGGCGCUACAACGUGCUAAGCAAGAACUACUUUGUGACGCGGAUUCGUCUGCUGGACAACAAUGUGAUCGAGUGUACUCUGUCUGUGGAGAGUACGGGGCAGGAAUGUCUGGAGGCCGUGGCCCAGAGACUGGAACUACGAGAGACCCAUUAUUUUGGCCUGUGGUUCCAGGGGAAGGCCCAGCCCCAGUCCCAGCGCUGGGUUGAGCUGGAGAAACCUCUGAAGAAACAGCUGGAUAAGUUUGGCAACGAGCCACUGCUCUUCUUCGGGGUCAUGUUCUACGUCCCCAAUGUUUCACGCCUUGAGCAGGAGGUCACCAGGUAUCAGUACUACCUGCAGGUGAAGAAGGAGGUGCUGGAUGGACGUCUCCACUGUACCGUAGAGCAGGGCAUCAGACUAGCAGGCCUAGCAGUGCAAGCUGACUUUGGGGAUUUCACACAGUUCCUGUCUCAGGACUUCCUCAGGGAGUAUGUGCUCUUCCCAGUGAACUGGCCUCAUGUAGAUGAGGUGCUGGAGGAGUGGACUCAGAAGGUGGCGGAGGAACAUAAGAGUCACUGUCGAAUGCAGCUUGCAGAAGCAGAGUUGCUCUAUAUCAAGGAGGUAGAGAAGCUGGAUGGCUUUGGACAGGAGAGCUUUGCUGCUAAGGACACCUACACCAAUGACAUCUUCAUUGGUGUGUCCUUCAUCGGAGUCUUCGUCAAACACAGGAAUGGCAGGUCCAUCAUGCACCACAGAUGGAAAGACAUUGGUAACAUAGCGCACAACAAGUCGGCCAUCACAGUAGAGAUAACCAGUAAAGAUGACACCAUCAUGUUUCACACGGAUGACAUAGAGCUGUCCAAGUACAUCGCUCGGCUCUUCACGGCCAGACACAAGUUCUACAAACAGAACAAGAUCUGUGCAGAACCCGCCCACUCCCCUGCACCUAUCAGGAGGCGCCCCACCUGGACCCACCGCCUCUCUCUGCCACGGCCACAGUCCUGUAUCCUCCAGCCAAUGCACUCCCAGUAUGCAGAGCAUUACCAGGACACACAGAGCUCUCAAGACAGCAUAUUCCAUGAAGACCCCUACUACAAGUCUGAGACUAGUCUGGACCGGUGUCCGGUCGAAUUCGGCUUCCGCAAUGGGACUGUUCCCAAUGGCAGCAUGUACAGUAGUCCUAGCCUCAGCUCCCUUAACCACUCCCAAACCUUUGUACAACCUUCACCCAUCUCCUCUAACCUCAGUAUUCCUGGCAGCGAGCUGAUGCGCCCCGACUACAUUCCGAGUCAUCGCCAUAGCGCCAUCAUCGCCCCUUCCUAUAGGCCCACGCCAGAGUAUGAAGCUGUGAUGCGCCAGAAGUGCCACAUGCUCCCCGCCCACCAUGACCUUCACAGCCAAUCACUGAGGAGUCUCAAUAUUAGUAAUGCUUAUGCAUAUCGUCAGCCAGAGGCGUUGGUUUAUAGCCAGCCAGAGAUGAGAGAGAGGGGCCCCUAUCCAGGACCUAACCCUUAUGGCCCUCAGGUCAGCUACAGUAAGCCUGUGAACCCUGCUCCUCACCUGGGCCCCGGAGCCAGUCAGGGCCACUGCCAGUCUGCAUGUGGAGGAGGAGGGGGUGGGAGCUCCAUCUCUCACACGGUCAGCACGCCUGAACUAGCCAACACCAAACAGGGGGCUACUACAGGGAGCUACGGCGCUACGGCUAACAUGCUGAGGAACCACAUGUCGCGGCCGCCCCCUCCCUACCCGUCUUUCCGACCCGCCACAAGUACCCCGGACCUGGCCAGCCACCGGCACCGCUGCAUGGGCGGCAGCAGCCCCGAGCUGGUCACCCGCAUGGUGCAGCUGUCGGUGAAGACUUUCCAGCCGGACAGCUCUGCCGUGGUGCACCAGUCUCUGCAGGAGGUUAGCGAACCGCUAACUGCGGCUAAGCACCGAUCAGCCCUGGGGAAGAGACACAGCAUGGAAGUGACCAGCAGCAUGAGGGGGGGAGGAGGGGGAGGAAUGGAGGGCAUGGUGGUUCUGAAGGGGAUGGCUGCCCCACUAAACAGGAGGAAUACUCUCAGAGAGCACGUGAUGCCACCCCAGACCCAGCCUCAAUCACAACCCCCCCAAUCCCAAUCUCACCAGCCCAAAGAGCUGCCUGUGCAGAGAGCACCAGAGACCCCCAUCCCGUCCUCCACGGCGCAGGGAGUGGGCGGGGCCUACCAGCACCAGAAGACCCUCUCCAACGCCACCAUGCUGAUCCACAGCAGUGAGAGCGAGGAAGAGGAGGAGGAGGAGGAAGAGGAGAGGCCUGAGCUGGACGUGCAGAUCCCAGGUCUGAACGAGGACAUUAAUGCCCAGCUCCAGGCCGCCCUUGCCAAGCUCCCCAACAAGCCCCCUCCGGAGUACCCCGGACACCCUAGACCAGCCACCAACGCCCCCCUCCGCUCCCGCGAUCACAGCCACCCUCACCACCACAACCAGGGACACCAGACCCAGGGAACCAAGGACCCAAGCCAAGCCCAGGCCCGGGUGCUGAAAGCUGGGCAGAGUCAGGGCGGUGUAGGGGGUGGUGGUACCCUGACCCGUGGGGAUCAGGCUGGAAUGAAUGGGGCAGUGCUGGGGCCGUCAAUCUCUGAGCCAGACCUGACCAGUGUGAAGGAGAGGGUUCGCAAGGAGCCAGUCAAAGAGAGGCCAGUGUCUGAGAUGUUCUCUCUAGAGGAUAGCAUAGUGGAGAGAGAGAUUGCACAGAGGACGCUGGAGAGACAGAAGAUGUCGGUGGACUCAAUAAAGAGACCUCUGAUGAUGGCGGCCCUCAACGGGCUCUAUGUCGCCAGGGUGCCUGUACCAGAGAACCCCCGGGAGGAUGGGGCCAAGGCUGCUGAUGAACGGUGUAAGACCCUAGAGUUGAAGUUGGAGGAGGAGAGGGUCUUCACAGAGUACGAGCAAAUCCCAAAGAAGAGGGCCGACUGCGUGGUCACCACGGCAACGCUGCCCGACAACGGCGAGCGGAACCGGUUCCGUGACGUGGUUCCGUACGAGGAGAACCGGGUGGAGCUGGUUCCCAACAAGGAGAACAACACAGGCUACAUCAAUGCUUCACACAUCAAGGUGAUGAUCAGUGGGGAGGAAUGGCACUAUAUCGCCACCCAUGGACCGCUGGCCAACACCUCUGCAGACUUCUGGCAGAUGGUCUGGGAGCAGGGAGUCAACGUCAUCGCCAUGGUUACUGCCGAGGAGGAGGGUGGUAGGUCAAAGAGCCACCGGUACUGGCCCAAGCUGGGCUCCAAGCACAACUCAGCCACCCACGGCAAAUUCAAGGUGACCACCAAGUUCCGUACGGACUCAGGUUGCUACGCCACCACAGGGUUAAAGGUCAAACACCUGCUGUCGGGCCAGGAGCGCACCGUGUGGCACCUGCAGUACACUGACUGGCCGGACCACGGCUGCCCCGAGUACGUCCAGGGAUUCCUCUCUUACCUGGAGGAGAUCCAGUCAGUGAGAAGACACACUAACAGCAUGCUGGACACCUCAAAGAGCCUCAACCCCCCUGUGGUGGUCCACUGUAGUGCUGGGGUGGGCCGCACUGGGGUCGUCAUCCUCACCGAACUAAUGAUCAGCUGCCUGGAGCACAACGAGAGGGUAGAGGGCCCUAUGAUGUUGAGUCACCUGAGGCAGCAGAGAAUGCUCAUGGUCCAGACCAUCUCCCAGUACAAGUUUGUUACCAGUCCUUAUCCAGUUCCUUAAAAACUCCCGUCUCAUCUAAACCCUCACCUUGACCUUUGACCUGGUCCCCACAUGAGCUGACACAAGGGCAAUGGAAUACUGGUGCCGCAAAUAACCCCCCUCCCCGCAGUCCUAGAGGGCUGGGUAAGUGUGAGUCAGAUGGUGAUGGCCUCACUCAGCCCUCUGGUAUGGUAGGAGUUCUGACAUAUUGCUUACAUCUAUCUAGUCCUAUCAAAUGUUUUCAGAUUUGACACAGCCAGGGACAACUAAUAUAUCCUAACAGUAAUUAUACAGUGUGUAUAUUUCAGACCUCCAAAUUUAAUCUGAAAAGUGACCUACUAUUCAGUCUGUCUCUCUUCUUUAUCUUGGAGAGAGAGGCUUUUCCAUUGUAUUAGUGAUAGCCUCUCUGUCCUAUGUCUUGUCAAUGGAGAAACCUGAGAGAGAUACAGACCAGACUAGCAUUCUAGAUGUUAGCGUUUAAAGUCACAUGCUAAAUGAUGAGUGUUGGUCGUUUCUUACCUGAGUUUAAACCAGGUAAACCCAGGAGACAAUUAUCUCAGCAUUUUCACAUUUAUUCCUUUAAAACAAAUGCUAAUUGAAUAACUUUUUGGAAUAUGGUUCCCCAUUUGAUAAUAAUGGCAUUUCAAAUGUAAGGCUAAUGCACCCUUGUGAAAUCUAGGAAAAGGUUCAUGACAUGGCAUUGUUUUUCAUUGAAUAUAAUGCAGAGCUCCGUAUUGUUAAAAUGAGAAACUGUCAUUUUGUCCACUAAAUUAGAUGAUAAAGCCAACGUUACAUAAAUGUUUUUUUUUAAAACAGGACAUGGCACUGUUGGUUGUUAUUUCAAGUGUUGUAGAAU